UUGACCGUCUCUCAAGCCGCUAAGAUGCCUCCUAAGAUGCCUCCUCUUCGCUUUGUGCGAUCUGUUCUCAACUCGUUCUCCAAAGACUCCGGACUUGAGCCGAGGAAACAAUGUAUGGGAUUUUAUGACUGGGUGGAGAUGAUGGCUCAUCGGCUCACUCAACUGCAGUUUCGGGUGACCGCCGCGUCAGUCGGUAAGGUCGAGUUUGAGCUGGCUAUUCAGAAGGAGCACACGAACCGCCUGCAAACUAUCCAUGGAGGCACACUUGCCAGCCUCGUCGACCUUGGCGGCUCCCUUGCUGUCGCGUCCAAGGGUCGUUUCAUGACUGGCGUCUCAACCGAUAUCAACGUCACAUACUUGAACCCGGGAGGCACACCCGGUGAUAUCAUGACUGGCACUGCCAUCUGCGAUAAGAUGGGAAGAACCCUCGCGUAUACCACCGUUCAGUUCUUCAAUAAGAAGGGAGAACUCGCCGCGAGAGGAAGUCAUACCAAGUACAUUGCGAAGACUUGGGCAUCUGAAGACUUUGUUGCGCCUGAAGAGUACGUUGCUGAGGAGGAGAAGUAG